CAUCAUCGUCACCACCGUUUGCAAAUUGGGUUCGAUUCAGUUCGUCAGAUCUUGGCCUUAGUUAGUCAGUCGUGCGCCGUUCAGCUCGUGACUAGUGAUUUGCUGGUCGGUAGGCCAAAACUUAAUAAAAGCCACGGAAGUGAGGAACAAUUGUUGAACAAAAUUAUUCAAUAUUUGCACAAGUGUAUCGAAACCGGAGCUGGAAUACGAAUUUUAGUGCUCAACCAAUUUGCAAUAAUCAGUUAAUUGAUUCACAUCCAUCAAAUCGUACAACUUUAAACUUAAUAUCAGUGUGUGUGUGUAUGUAAUGGCGUUUUUGCGUUCCAUUUGUGCUCAACGUGCCACAUCAAGUUUAGUUUAUAGUCGUAAUAAAAGCAAUACUAGCACAACCUCCGGUUGGAGAGUGAGGGGAAAGACAACAACAGCAGCACCGUUAUCGGCAUCGGCAUCAGCAGGGACAACAAACCAGCAGGACGUGCAUCAUGUCAUCAUUGAUCGUGAUCAAGACGAUCUAACAUACUCAGCAACAUCAAAGUGUCAAUUACAUCGGCGCCAGCAGCAGCAGCAACGUCAACUUCUCAGCAAUAUCAUAUUUUCGCCAGCUCAUACAUCACGGCAUACGCUAUACACAAACAACAAUUUAAAUCGCUCUGUAGUUACCGCACGACAAGAGGCUGAGCCUGAAGUAAAACGGCCACGUUCACACAAGGCUCCACCACAACAACCAGAUGUUCCAGUUAAUCCUCAACGUGAUCCAUUGGAUGUCAGUUUCAAUGAUCCUCUCGCGGCAUUCAAGAGCAAAACAACAUGGGAGUUGAUACGCGCCUAUUUGGUGUAUACCGUUUGUUCCAUUGAACCUGUAGUGGAGAAUAAUCUCAAGCUAAUGAAGAUCGCCAAUACAUUGCUCGGUGACAAGUUGUUUACAAUGCUAAUGAAAGCUACAUUCUAUGGUCAUUUCGUAGCCGGUGAAGAUCAAGUCAAAAUCAUCCCAACACUAGAAAGAUUACGUUCCUUUGGCGUCAAACCAAUUCUUGAUUAUUCCGUGGAGGAGGAUCUCUCACAGGAGGAGGCUGAGAAGCGUGAAGUUGAAUCUUCAGUUUCAAGUGCUGGGGACAUCAAAGAUGAUGGUGCGAUAGCGCAAUACCACGUGGAUAAGUCAUUCGCCGACCGUCGUUACAAAGUGAGCAGUGCUAGGACCUAUUUCUACUUGAAUGAAGCUACAUGUGAGCGUAAUAUGGAAAUUUUCAUGAAAUGCUUGGAGGCCGUCUCAGAUGACGAUCAUAGAACCGUCCCCCGACCCAUUGCGCUGGGUGCUACAUUUGGUACAGGAAUCACGGCAAUUAAGCUCACGGCCCUUGGCCGACCGCAAUUAUUGUUACAAGUGUCUGAGGUGAUUAUGCGCACUCGCCAAUACAUGGAAGAUCUUGUUGGCGGACAAGGUAAUGUUCUGACUCAUCACAAGACGAUCAAAGAUCUGGAAAAGUACUACUCCAGCUUUGGCGACAGUAAAAAUGUACAAGAUUUCUUGAAGAAUGUUACCUCGGACAAGGAAGGUAUUCUACACUUAUUCCCCUGGUCGGGUAUUGUGGAUGAAGAUUCUCAAUUAAGUGAUACUUUCCGAGUGCCGGACCCACAAACUGGACAAAUGCGUCGAUUGAUCUCACAAAUUCCACCCAAGGAAGAGGAAAUGUUCAGGAAUAUGAUUCGCCGUGUCAAUACAAUUGUUAAGGCUGCAGCUGAGCUGGAUGUCCGUAUAAUGAUUGACGCUGAACAGACUUACUUCCAACCUGCCAUUUCGCGCAUUACUCUAGAAAUGAUGCGGAAGUACAAUAAGGAAAAGGCGAUCGUAUUCAAUACUUACCAAUGUUACUUGCGCGAAACGUUCGGAGAGGUGGUCACUGAUCUCGAACAAGCAAAACGUCAGAAUUUCUAUUUUGGUGCUAAAUUGGUGCGCGGUGCUUAUAUGGAGCAAGAGCGAGAACGCGCUGCUAGUAUGAAUUACCCAGAUCCGAUAUGUCCCAAUUAUGAGGCGACCACUGAUAUGUAUCACAAAACAUUAACUGAAUGUCUGAGGCGAAUAAAGUUACUGAAGGAUAAUGGAGAAGAUGCCAAAAAGAUUGGAAUUAUGGUCGCUUCGCACAACGAGGAUACUGUACGUUUUGCCAUCGAAAGAAUGAAGGAAAUCGGAAUAUCACCUGAGGAUAAGGUUAUCUGCUUUGGCCAGUUAUUGGGAAUGUGUGACUAUAUCACGUUCCCAUUAGGUCAAGCUGGGUAUUCCGCUUACAAGUAUAUCCCUUAUGGACCAGUGAAUGAAGUUUUGCCAUAUUUGUCGCGGCGAGCACAAGAGAACAAAGGUGUCCUAAAGAAAAUCCAAAAGGAGAAACGUUUACUACUUUCCGAAAUCCGUCGUAGAUUUUUUACUGGUAAAAUGUUCUACAAACCUAAUGGAAAAUAUGUGCCCAUAUAAACUAGCGUCAUUUAAAGAAGUCCAUUACACAAAAACAAAAACAAAUUACAAACAUACUACAUACAUAUGUAUAGAUACAACGGAGUAUGGUGAUUUCCAUUACAAAAUAAGUAUAUCUGGGAAUCACUAAACGGCGAACACAAAUGCAAAAUAUCAUGGCUGAAACAAAAAUGGAGAAUAAUACAAGAAAAAAAUCAAGAACGUGUUAAAUUUUAUUUAUACAAAUAAAUCUCGAAUUAAAACACAAUUAAAAUGAUAUUACGAUAUAAAUAUUUAUAUUAAUAAUAAAUGUGAAACUACUGAUAUACAAAGAAAAAACACUUUUGAGACUUACCUAAAACUUGAAUGGAAUUUUCGACAGUAAAAACAUGCAAAUUUGAACAUUUAUAACAAAAUAAUAUACAAAACUGUAAAUGUGUAUGUGUGAUUGAGGUAAAUGGGUGCCGUGAUGAAAUCGUCAUUUCCUGCAUGCAUCCACAGAUUUGCUUACCCCAGCAAGCAAAAUGUACGAGUAUGUUGGCUGUAAUUUGCGCCCACUCGCAACGCUUCGUUAUUCCUGCGAACAAACAUACAUACAGGUGCAUAAGUACCUAUAAUACAUACACGCAUGCACAGUAUAUGUAAAUUUCCAUGUGUAUGUAGCUGCUCGAAAAUUCAAAAACCAAACAUCUCGUCACUAUUUUUAUUUAACUAAGUUGAUUUAUCUAGUUUGAGUAUUUACUUAUACCUAUAAGACAUGUUUUGUGGUUUUGCCCUUGACCUAUAUACAUACAUAUACCGUAUUAUAAUUAAGAAAAUAUGCUAACGUAUGCAAUGUACCUCUUAGCGCUUUAAGAAAAUGCUCGUAUUAGUUUUAUUAUUUUUAAUGUUCACAGACGUUAAAUCUAAGAAUCUCCUCUCCGAAUGUAUGUACAUAUGUAAUUGUUUUAUUGUAUGUGAAAUGAUUUCUGCUGCAUACAUUCAUACGAAAAUGCCUCAAAUUUUAUUUUUACGAAUAACUAUUAUAUAGUUAAAUCAAAUGUAACGUAUCUUUACCACCUCUUUAAUGUAAAUGCACUUAUUUACAAUUUAAAUUGCUAUUUGCUGGGAAAAAAAUGUUUAACAAAUGCACUGAAUGACAUCAAAACAGAUUUUUGAUUCAAUUAAAUCCAAUCAAAAAGCAGUAUUGGCGAAAGCUGAAUACCGAUUUCUCCAAUUUGUUUUAGAUUAAUGAAUGUAAGAAAGAGCAUAAUUUCAUGUUAAAAUUGUAUGGUAAUUUAUUGUUCAUGUUUUCGUUUAGCACUACAUGAUUAUAUACGAGUAUUAUGAAAAAAUAAAAUUAAUUAAUUAACGAAAAAAUGCUUCAUGCAGAAACUUUAUGCGCUCCACGAGCUUCAGUUUAAUUAUUUUCCAAUAUGAUACAAAUAAUUAUUUAUUUUAUAUCAACUGGUCAAAUAAAUCGUCGUUGUAGUUUGCAUUAACGAUCAAAAUGAAUGAAUGUUGACUUUUUAAUAAAUGACAAUAAUAAUAUGUUAAAGUGGACUAAGAAUCGAUAAAAACACAUUUAUAAGCAUAAAUACUGUGAGAAAAAAGCUAAAAUAUAAUAACUAACGAAUUUUCGAAGCAGCCGAA